GUCUUGUUACAGUCACCAGUUACUCGCUACUACUGCUGAGAAGUGACUGGUGACCCACAAUCAAUCGCUCUGACCCGCUGUGACCUCACCACCAUCACCGCCGCCCGCCAGAUGACCUUGACCCAGUAACACAAGAGCCAAGCGGUCUAUGGGCAGCUUGGCGGAGGGCACGGCGGCCAGGGUGGCGGCCGGCAUGCCCUCCUGUGACUACAAGCCGUCACCGUACAAGGGCCUUUCCUAUGAUGAAAUGAGGAGGGUGAGGCGUGACAAUCUGAGCCCAAGUCUCAGCACCUACUAUAGUGAGCCACUGCUGAUCCACGAGGGACACAUGCAAUGGCUCUUUGAUCACACGGGGCGACGGUUCCUGGACUUGUUCGGCGGCAUUGUCACCGUGAGCCUCGGCCACUGCCACCCGAAGGUGAGGGAGGCAGCCGAGGAGCAGAUGAGGAAGUUAUGGCACACCACCAACAUCUACAUGCACCCCAAGAUACAUGAGUAUGCUGAACGCCUCACACAGACCCUGCCAGGAGACCUCAAGGUGGUAUACUUUGUGAACAGCGGGUCUGAGGCGAAUGACCUUGCUAUGAUGAUGGCGCGGUUGUACACCCAGGCCUUCGACAUAGUGGCACUGAGGAACGCCUACCAUGGGGCCUCGCCAUACACUGCAGGGCUCACUGCACACAGCACAUGGAAGUUCCCCUUUGCUAAUGGCUUUGGGAUCCACAAUGCGGCCAAUCCCGAUCCUUACCUCGGGCUAUGGGGGGGCCAUCGUGACUCUGUAGUUCAGUCGGUGCGGGCGGGGGAGAGCCAGCUGUUGGAGGGGGGGGAGUGUUCCUCAGCACAGAAGUACGUGGACCAGCUGGAGGAGGUGCUGACCUACUCCAUCCCUCGUGGCAGGCUGGCGGCCUUCUUCGCUGAGUCAAUACAGGGAGUGGGUGGCACCGUGCAGUACCCUCUCGGCUACCUCAAGAAGGCAGCUGCUGAAUGCAAGCAUGGCGGACUUUGCGUGUCGGACGAGGUCCAGACUGGCUUUGGCCGCACUGGGGAUCAUUUCUGGGGCUUCGAGUGCCAUGGAGUCGUACCGGACAUAGUCACCAUGGCCAAGGGCAUCGGCAAUGGCUUCCCGUUAGCGGCUGUCGUCACCACCCCAACCGUUGCCUCCACCAUGUCCAAGGCGCUCCAUUUCAACACCUAUGGCGGCAAUCCGAUCGCUUCCGCCGUGGGAAUUUCUGUCCUGGACACAAUGGACGAGGACCAGACCCAGCGGAACUGCCAGGAGCUUGGACCUUACUUCCUGAGCAGACUGGCAGCACUGAGGGCCAGGUACCCCAUCAUAGGAGACGUGCGGGGGAAGGGACUGAUGCUCGGGGUGGAACUGGUGGAGGACAAGGAGACGCGGAAGCCACUCCACGCAGAGCGGAUCAUGGAAGUGUGGAACGGACUGAAAGAUUGUGGCGUGCUGGUCGGGCGUGGAGGACACUAUGGCCAGGUCCUCCGUAUCAAGCCUCCAAUGUGCAUUACCAAAGAGGACAUUGACUUCACCAUUGAGGCUUUCCAAGAGGUGCUGGGACAAGUGUGUGAGUAGUGACGCUUUUUCUCUCUCGCACUGUCUCUCUCUGUGUCUAUCUCUCUCUGCGUCUCUGCCUUCUUGCUUAUUGUCAACUCACUCCUGUUAACCUGUUGUCUCAUUUUCUAGGGAGAGGAAGUGUAAGUCGAGGUGGCUGAACUAAAAGGUUUUAUUAGUAUAUCACCGACACUGUUUUUUAUCACAGGUGGAUAAUAAUGUCUAGCCGUUAAGGAAACAUUAUGAGAGUGAACUGUGAAAAAAAAAUUAUUGAUUGUGUAAGUUUCUAAUAAAAUACCGAGGAAAAAUC